GUUGCGUGAUAACCUGACAACAGUGCAUGAGAGUGUUUCGGUUUCUCUGAAACUCAGCACUUACCAAAGAAUGAGCCGGAAGUUCUAUAACUCUGUUAUAGAUGAAGAAUGUAAAUUAUACGGCAUUAAAAGUCAGAUGAUACAGCCUGCAUUCAAAACAAUCGGCUAUGCUUAUUGUCCAAAAAAUUUGAAUUCUGGCGAAACAUUUGUUAAUUAUGACAAUCCAAGAAAUAGAUGUGCAUAUUUAUAUAAAUUUGCUGAAUUUCAUACAUCCCUGGUGUGUCAGUACUUCACAAAAUUCCUUCGGAAGAAAGAAGGGAAGGAAAUUUUGAUGUCGAAACAAACAUUAGAGAUUUGUUGCCUAGGUGGAGGACCGGGCACUGACAUUAUUGGCAUCUUUAAAGCUUUGGCUCAGAUUCCCCAUUUUCAUAAGAAAAUAGUUAAGGUUGUGAUUUUAGAUAUCUGUCGUGGAUGGUGUAACUCUUUUAAAAUCGUUGUAUCGAGUCUUUUGAAAGGAAAAAUUAAAGGAAUCCCAGCAGAUUUCAUUGAUACAUCGAAAUUCAUAGCUGAUAUCAUUGAAGUUAAUCUUUUGGAGCCUUUGCCUGUGAAUGUUGUGGAAGUCAUUGCUGCUGCUGAUAUUAUAUGCUCUGUAAAAUUCAUUUCAGCUAUUUGUUCAAAGUCUGGAUCUUUAAGUGCUAUGAAGACAAUCGCCGAUAACAUCAAGCCUCAUGCUGUGGUUUUAUUUAUCGACAACCCCACAGCGAAUAUUUGUAAAUUUCUAGAGACUAUUUCCGAAAUAUCCGGAUUCAAAAUUCUCCUUGGACCAUUACAUGAAAAAUUUCAACGUGGUGUUCCUAAAAAGAGCAACAAGGCGAUAUUUGACGGCAUUUGUCCUACAACUGCGACAAAUGUUUCAGUGAUUGGGAUGGUAAAAUCGGAGGAAACUGGAGUCAUUUGCAAUGACACUGUGCCAAACUCCAAUCUCAGUUUGAAUAGCACUGAUGGUGGUUCGAUAGGUAAAGUUGAAUCUGAAACUUACUACGUCAUCAAUAAACAAUCCAGCGGUUUUCUUGAAAAAGAAAAGCUUAAAUUGAAAGUUUCACCAAAAGUGAAUAAAUUUACUCAAACUGAUGCAGGCACUACGUGUGCACUCUCAAACGUUAGUAAUGAUUGCACAAUGCGUUUGGUAAAUGUUCUAGAAUCAUUAGCAUCUUCUAUGAAUUUGUUGCUCGUUAAUGUUGAAAAAUACGUACAGAAAGCGUGUGAGAAAAAAUGUUGCUCCUGUUGCCAUAGUUAAAAAAAGUUCCUUGGAGGAAGAAAAUCCAUUAGGUAUGUGUGUGGCAGGAAAGAGAUCAGAAAAAAGUAACUCCUCCGAUGUUUGCCGGGGCGGAUCUAAAAAUUUUGUAAAAGGGGUCAAGUUUCAGUGGCCAGUAAAGUGGAAGAAAAACAAAUCAUUAUGUGAACCUUCUUACAAAUAUUGGUUAUAUUGCAUAUCAAUUAAUAUUUUUAUGACAUUCUAUUAAGUUAUCUAAAUGUGUAUUCUGAUAAAAACUAUUUUGUGAAAAAUAUAUGUAACAAUUUAUAAAUUGUACAGUUUGCUAUUUGUAUUUAAAUUAUAAAAACUUUGAAAUAAUGAAAUUAAAUAUUUUUUAUAUAAAAUGUGUCGACAAAAUUUUCGCUUCAAUGAAAAAAAGAAAGGCACAACAUUGUUGCAUUAAAAUUUUACACAACAAGGUUAAAAUAUGCAAAAUAUUUUUUUUUCUGACUGCUGUUUUGGUGUUUCAAUUUUGUAAAAAGGAUUUUUUACAAUGUUAACUUAUGGACAGCAUGCAUUCAAAUAGCAAGUUUCUUCUUGUCUAAUGCAUGCUUUGUACUCCUUUAAAAAAGUGUUUCUCAUCACAGGGGGGGGGGGGGGUCAACUGACCCUUUGACCCUCCCCUGAAUCCGGCUAUGGGGCUCCAUCUCACUGUAGAUUUUCUUUACUUACUUGAUAGAAGGUGAAGUUUGCAUGUGUAUGCUUAUUUUAUAGUGUUUUAGUGUACUAUAGAUAUAGAAUAUAUCAUUCUUUACCCCUCCCCUUGUAAAAGUUUAAAAUGACGAACGCACUUCCUCGGCUGAAUGAAUGGAAAUUGGGAAAAUUAUUUUUAAUAUAAAAGAUUUUUAUGUAAUGAAACGGAUAAUUCAGGGUGUCUACUAAAAUUGAAAAUGUUUGAAAUAUGUACGGUAAAAAUACUUAAAAAUGAAUGAUAUUAUGAAUCAUUGAUGAGAAUCGUGGAUAUGCAAUUGUUGUUGUAAUAUUUCAAAAAUGUUGCAUAAAGAAAUCAAAGAAAACAUUGGGUGGUCUGUA